AUGCUCGGCCUCGCUGGCUUGACAGAGCCAAGGCUGGAUCGAGCUUUCCGUGGGCACCGAGCGCCUGUCACUUCUGUGGUCUUUCAUCCAGAAGAGCAGCAGGCCAUAUCUGGAGCUCAUGACGGCUGCCUCUUCGUCUGGCACUUCAAGCCUCAGCUUCGGCCUUUCCGCUUUGUUGGCCACAAGGGCGAAGUGCACGACCUCGCCAUCAGCCGCUUCGGCCAGUGCAUCGCAUCAGCAUCAGCCGAUCAGACUGUGCGACUUUGGACCAACUCCGCCCAAGGCGACUCGAAGGUCAUGAAGGUGCAUACAGCACCAGUCCGAAGCGUCUGCUUCUCAAGAGACGACUCCACUCUGCUGACCGCAUCCGAUGACAAGACCAUAAAAUUGUGGUCUGUGGCAUCCCAGCGCUUUCAUGCCUCCUUGCUGGGUCACACGAACUGGGUGUAUUCUGCGGACUUCUCCAAAAACUCCGAGUUAGUCGCCUCUGGUGGUGAGGAUCGUGUGAUACGUGUUUGGGAUGUGGACAAGAAGGCGACGCUCAUGACCUUUCCCGACUUCGAGGUUCCGGUGGCCAAGGUCAGGUUCCAUCCGGACGGGUCUUGCAUAGCAGCUUGUGGGCACGAUGGCUGCAUCAAGCUCUGGGACUUGCGCUCGCGUAGGUUGCUGCAGCACUAUGAUGCGCAUGUAGGCCGAAUCACCUCCAUUGACUUCCAUCCUUACGGAGAACAGCUCGCAUCGACCGGAGAGGAUGGAGCAUUGAAGAUUUGGGAUCUGCGCGAGGGAAGGUUGAUGCACAAGGUCGUCGGGCAGGGCCACAAGAAGGCUCCACAGGCAUGUGCCUUCUCGCCUUCGGGAGGGAGCCUUGCAACAGCCGGACAAGAUGGCUUGGUCCUGACCUGGAGCUGCUCGCAAGCGGCUCCGGUUGCGGCCGCAGCUCCCCCAUCCUCUGCUCCGAGUCCGGCACGGCGCCAUCCCGUCACGACGCCGGAGCGGGCGCAGGUCCGGGCUCUCUCGGAGAGCAGGUCCCGCCGGGAACCCAAAGCACCCAAAGAGGCGCCUAAAGAGGCACGGGCACCCCGAGAGACCAGGGAGGCAGAAGACUCUGCCGAGCCCCAAGACCGGGAAGAACGGGAUGAGCUGCCCGCAGCUGUCGACCACAUGCAAGAAGUCCCUGCUCCAUUGGCAGAGACGCUGAAGACGAUGCAGAGCCACUUGGAGAUCAUGAUGCGCACCGUGCAGCUGCUGGACCAACGCCUGGCACUGAACGAGCAGCAGGUAACUGCGAUGCGAUCGGAACUGUUGCAGCAGGCCUCAGUUCGGACUGAGGGGACCUCGGAACAGCCAGCUCCGAUAAAAGCUCAGGGCGACGAGCUCCUCCUGAAGCCGACAGAACCUGAGGAGGAGCUGCGGCAUGAACUGGAGAAACUACGGCAGCUGCUUUGA